CCUACCUGAUUUCACAUGAAUUUAGAUGCUAUCUUGUUGAAUAUUUUGGGAGUUGGAUUGAUUAGAAUGUAAUUGAAAGUUAAUUUAAUAAGGCAAUGGGACUUAAUCAUAGAGCAACUGCCACUAAAAGUGUUAUUAGAUGUGAUAAAAUAUAAACAAUGUUGAAGCGAAGCUUACAUGAUCUCUGAAAGUGAGUACAGAUACCUACUCUUGUAGUUUGCAAAGAAGUCACGUCCACCCCCCCUCUCUCUCCUUUCUCUCUCUCCACUCUCCCUCUCCCCCACUCCUCUGUCCUGAUCGGUUUUCACUAAAGAUAAUUGGAGGCAACAUUUGAUAUGCCCAAUGUCAUGGACAAGAAUGAGGUUUCACCAGGCUCAUCUGCUGCGACCAUGAAAAAGAAGGCGGCAGGCAGUAGCGGAUGUAGCCACAUCAGCGCGCCCAAAGCUGCCACGUCCAAUUGUACGAGAAGCAAAAGCAGCAAUUGUGUUGACUCUGCCCCCGCUGCUGCUGCCAGCCAGAGCGCCCCGAAUGUGAAGCAGCCCGGCGAGGCCAGUAACGCUGUCAUAGACGAGGCGGAGGACGGUGAGGACGAGUCCAAGUUUCAGUAUCCGCGACUGCGCCGAACCGGGGGGAGCGGCAGUGGCGGUGGUGGUGGAGGCGGAGGCGGUAGUAUCAGGAUGAAGAACUUUACGCCAGGAGGGGGAGCCGCGGCCACGGCUACCAGAAAGAACUCCACCAACAACGAGCCCACCCUACUGCAAACAGAGGGUGCGCCUGCUGCUACUAAGCCCACUGUAACAUCCAAAGCGACUGAUACCACAACCUGUCCGGGAGAUGCUGCUGGGCGCUGCGAGACCAACAGAGCGGCAGGGGCAGAGGCGUAUGGAGCAGCGGUCGCAGUAGAGGUUUUAAACGCGGCAGCAGGUGAUGCUUGUAACAACAGCACCGCUCCAAUUUCAAGAAUGAAAUGCAACAAAAACGGAGAAUGCAGGAGGGACUCCGGCACCGGGAGCCUGCGCUCGAUCAUCUCCAACAAGACUGCCGGGGCGGGGAGGGCCGAGGACGCGUCCCUUAGGCGUGGUGCCUGUAACUCAGCCAGGGCCAGCAUGGAUGGCUCCGCGACAGGCUCCAUGACGCAGGGCCAGGGGGAAGGUAGCGCAAACCCCGGCGUCACCCCUGUUUCCACCGGCGUCCCCGAGAAAAAGGACUCCAGGGUGUCCUUCUCCAACGCGCCAAGCAGGAAAGCCUCCUCAUCGCUGCACGGCUCGACCCAGACCCAGACGACCCAGCAGCCUAGAAACUCUGUCACCUUCCAGAAGCCGGAGGAUGGACCCCAGAUCCAGGCCGAGGAUGCCGAGGCUGACGGAAGCACCUUCAUGCAACGACAAUUCAGUGCCAUGCUGCAACCUGGAGUUAACAAAUUCUCCUUACGCAUGUAUGGGAGUCAAAAGGCGGUGGAGAGGGAGCAAGAGCGGGUUAAAUCAGCGGGCAAUUGGAUUAUCCACCCCUACAGUGAUUUCAGUCUACCCUCAGAGCUACCUCAUCUCUGUAUCCUCAGUCCCUCAGUCGAGCUACCUCAACUCUGUAUCCUCAGUCCCUCAGUCAAGCUCAACCUCAUCUUCUGUAUCAUCAGUCCUCAUUCAAGCUACCUCAUCUCUAUCUUCCAUAUGACCUAUGACCUGGCCAGUGCAGUAAUGCGCAUCUUCAACCUGAUUGGUAUGAUGCUGCUGCUGUGUCACUGGGAUGGCUGUCUGCAAUUCCUGGUUCCCAUGCUGCAGGACUUCCCCCAGGACUGCUGGGUCUCCCUCAACAAGAUGGUGAAUGACACAUGGUCUGAGCUGUAUUCAUUUGCAGUGUUCAAGGCGAUGAGCCACAUGUUGUGUAUCGGCUACGGUCGGCAGGCCCCGGAGAGCCUGUCUGAUAUCUGGCUCACCAUGCUCAGCAUGAUCGUAGGGGCCACCUGCUACGCUGUGUUCAUAGGCCAUGCCACCGCACUCAUCCAGUCCCUGGACUCGUCCCGACGACAGUACCAGGAGAAGUACAAACAAGUGGAGCAGUACAUGUCUUUCCACAAGCUGCCGUCCGACUUCCGACAGAAAAUACAUGACUAUUAUGAGCACCGGUACCAGGGGAAGAUGUUUGAUGAAGACAGCAUCCUGGAGGAACUGAACGAACCACUCAGAGAGGAAAUUGUCAAUUUCAACUGCCGUAAGCUGGUGGCGUCCAUGCCGCUGUUCGCCAACGCAGAGCCCAACUUUGUGACAGCCAUGCUGAUCAUGCUCCGCUUCGAGGUCUUCCAGCCCCGUGAUUACAUCAUCAGAGAGGGCACCAUCGGCAAGAAGAUGUACUUCAUCCAGCACGGAGUCUGUAACGUCAUCACCAAGGGAACCCUGGGAAUGAAGCUCUCUGAUGGCUCCUACUUUGGAGAGAUCUGUUUGCUGACGCGGGGUCGGCGUACGGCCAGCGUCAGAGCGGAGACGUACUGCCGUCUCUACUCCCUGUCUGUGGACAACUUUAACGAGGUGCUAGAGGAGUACCCCAUGAUGAGACGGGCCUUUGAGACCGUGGCCAUCGACCGACUGGACCGCAUAGGCAAGAAGAACUCCAUUCUGAUGCACAAAGUGCAGCACGACCUCAACUCCGGCGUCUUCAACAACCACGAGAAUGAGAUGAUCCAGGAGAUUGUUAAGUACGACCGUGAGAUGGUCAAACUGGUGGACCUCCAGAGACCCCGCACCAUGUCCAUGACAUCCUCCGUCCCUGGGGGCAUGUUCUCCCCCGCAGGCCCAUCCGGGGUCGGGGCCCUCGCCAGCCUCCAGCAGGCUGUGGCCAUGAGCUUCUGCCCCCAGGGGAUGGGGCCGAUGGGGGGAAUGGGGAUGCCGGGGAUGGGGCCGAUGGGGUCAGGGACGCUGCAGUCCCCCCGCAUGUUGCGGAGGUUCCAGGUGGUCCAUAGCCUGUCACAGAGCCCUGUUUCCGCAUCUCCUCUCCAGUCCCAGCCACCACAGAUGGCUCAUGCAACAGGAGUGUUUGGGUCGGCUAUUUCCAGCCCACCAGUCCAGAGCCCUCUGGCGCAUCCAGGACGGACAUUCCAGUACAUGGGGGGAGCGGGGCCGUCUGGGUCUCAGCUGUCCCUGGUGCAGCACCACGUUCCCAGCCCCACGCACACCAUCCAGAGGCCCUCCUCACACAAAAGCACCCACUCGCUCCACUCAGGCACCCUGAGCCAAGACGCCCGUGUCCUCUCCGCCUCCCAGCUCUCCCUCCCUCAGGAUGGAACCCCUCCUGCCGGCCCCAGCCCUCCCCAAUCUACCCACCCAUCCACCCACGCCUCCUCCACCUCCAUCGGCCCCCCUCAGCCCACUCACCCCAGCCAGCCUGGGCCCUCUGGGGUGGGGGUCCAGGUUGGGGGGAGACCCGCGGGAGUUCCACAGCGGGUGGCCUUCGCCUCCACUCCUCCCCCAGGAGGAGCACCCGGGAUGGGGGCGGCUGCAGCGGCGGCUGGGUCGGGGCUCCCGGCCUCUGGAGCUCCUAAGAAGGAUUCGAUCGUUAGCAUACCAGAGUUAGACUCAGCCCGGAACCGGCUGUCUUCCAACUUGUGACCCUAUGAGAGCUGCAGGAGAGAGGCCUUCUUCACAUGGGUGAAUCUAAACGUCUGUUUAUCUCUGUCUGGAUGACCUGACUGGUCGGCUUCCUUACUGACCUGGCUGGCUUCAUAUGGGCCACACCGUCAGUCAUUCUAACUGAAUGUCCUGUGUGUCGGUCGGAGUCAACAAAGAGGAAAGAGGAACUCUUUGGCUCGUGUGACUUGGAGAGUCGAAACAAUUAAACUAGUUUAASAAAGGUGGGACUGGACUAUUCUACUAUGCCAGCACCUGUAGUCUUAGUAUCACCCCUUACACUCUGCUUCCAAACACCUAUAUUGCUGUCUUUAUUGUAAAGAUAUUGAGAAACAACAUAAUUAAUGUAACUGUUGCAUACUGUGUAGAAUCCAUACAAUGCAAUCUAGCAGGAGCUGGACUUAAAAACGCAAAAUCAGGGACUUGAAUCAGAUGACAAUGAUGACAUUUUACGCUUUCAGAAUGUGUUUUUAGGUCCUUUUUUUUCUGUAAACGCUGUUGUAGCAAAAUAAAUACAUUUCAUAUUGUUUAAAAUAGUAGUGAAGGUAGUGUUUUAGACCGCUGGUCGAUCUUACAUCGAUGUGUAAAUAGUUAGAAUAGUAAAAAAAAAAUACCGAAAGGUAAUAUCUUCAUUGUAACUACUCCAAACCAAAGUUGAGCUUAAACACAAAGUUUGGUUGUGUCUGUAUCAACUAAAAAAGAAAUAUAGAAGAAAAUGCCAUUUAUUAAAAUGGCCUUGAUUUCCAAGUUUAGAAGCCAUAUAUUUGGUUUGUGUGUGUGUGUGUGUGGUGUGU